UUAAAAGUUUAAAUAAGAGCUAAAAGGUUUGUUUAAUCUAGAUAUUCUCUAGAAAUUAUAGGUUUAUGGGUUUCUAAUGUCUAUGUGCUUUUUUUUUCAUGAUUUUUGAAGUUAAAUAUAGGGAAAUACUUCUUAAAAAAUGAUCUUAUGUUUGAGAGUAAAUUUGUCCAAAAAGUAUUAUUAAGAAGGAGAAUAUCUCUUGAAAAUGCGUUUGCAUGUUUCUUUUCUACUAAGAAUUUAAAAAGUCAUUCUAAAAAAUCGACUUUAUUGAAUAUUCGGACUUUAGAGAAAUGUAUUGCUAAAUUGCGUACAAGACUUGAAAAUGAAGAGAAAUGGAGAAAAUCGGAUGAUAUAAGUUUUUCUAAAAAAUUAUCAGAAAACGAGUAUGAACUUUUAUAUAAAUUUAUUUGCAAACCAGAACAUCAAUUACCUAUAGCUAUUGGAAAUGAUACUCUUAGUCCUAUUCUUGUUGAAAGGAUUAAAAUUUCUUUAGAAAAAACUGCUUCGAAUUUAACUUGGACAGAGAAAUUAAGCAUUAUUUCUUCCAAUGGAGGGCUUGAGGGAUUAACUACAUCACAAGUGAACAAAAUGAUAUAUUCAAUACCCUCUAAAGAACGAUGUUUUUUAACAGAAAAUAUUUUUGAUAUGAUGAGGAAAGCAUCUAUUCAGCCUGAUAGAUUAACAUAUGAUUUUAUUAUGGAUGGUUAUGCUCAAGUGGGUGAUGUAAAAGGAGCUCUUAGGACUUUUUCACAAAUGAAACAAUACGGGUUUGCACCUUCUGUAUAUUCUUAUGCACAUUUAAUAAAGGCGUAUUCGAAAAUUGGUGACAUUGACAACGUAAUGUUGCUAUUUAAAGAUAUGAAAAAAUAUCUGAUUAAUCCUAAUCUUGUUAUUUAUACUACAUUAAUUUCUUUAUGUGUUCAAAACCAAUUGUUUGAUGAAGCAUGGAAAGUUUUUGAUUUACUUAAAUACCGAUCAAAGGAUGUUUUCCCAGAUGUUAAAACAUAUUCACUUAUGAUUUAUACAUGUGCUUUAACUGGAGAAGCAGAACGUGCCAACGAAUUAUUUAGGGAAAUGUUAUCACAUCCAGAGGGGUCUCUUACUCCAACUUUAGAAACAUAUAAUGCUUUAAUUUCUGCCUAUGCUUCACGAAAAGAUUAUUUUUAUGAAACAUGGAGGAUAGCAAAAAUCUUAUUAGAUAAUAAUACUUCAAUGGACAAAAAAACCUUUAUUGCAUUGUUAAAAGGUUGUGGGAAAAUGGGUGAUUUAAAAAAAGCAAGAAUCCUGGUAAAACAUAUAUUUCAAAAAAGUGAAAGUUUAGAAAAGGUAGAUAUAUAUGCAUUUCAAGGCCUGUUUAGAGCCUAUGCUAAUUAUAUUCCUAAAAAGCCGAUUCGAAAUUCAGAAAAUAAUUAUACUAAUAGUAAAAUAGAAGAGGAUAUUUUAGCUUUAAAAUUAGAUACAAAUAUGCAGAAUGAUACUAGAAAUGCUUUUUUUGAGGAUAUUUUGAAGUCCGUAUUUUUAAAAAUUGAUUUGCAGACAUCAAAAGAUGUUUUAGAUGAAUCUACAGCAUUAAUGAAAUAUAUACAAAAAAAUAAAUAUCCAUUUUUGGAUGCUCAACUUAUGAAUUCAUAUCUUUCAGUGUUGAUUAAUCAUGGCUCAUAUUCUAUAUUUAAAAAUGUUUAUGAAAAUAUGUAUUAUUCUAUAACUAUAAAGGAAGAAAAAAUUUCUGACUUAUAUUUAAAAAAAUUUGAAAGAGGUCCGUAUACUUAUCAAUUGGGACUUGAGGCUGCCUAUAAAUUUAAUGAUAUAAAUUUUGCGCGUUCUGUAUGGAAUGAAAGAAACCAUUGGAGAUUUUUAAUAAAAAAUCAAGAAAAGAAUCUCGAAGAAAUGAAUAUAAAAUAUAAUAAAUUACAUUUAAGCGAAUUGGAUUUUAAUAUUUGUAGAAUGAUGAUUAAUAAUUUAGCUAAAAAUAAUUUACUACAAGAAGCUAAAUAUUUUUUAAUUUCAUAUCAAAAUAUAUUUUCAUGGAAAACAAAUCAUUUAAAACUAUUAUGGAACAAAGCAAAGCAAAUAAAAGACGAGUCACUUAUGUCUUUGAUAUUGAAAACAACGAAACAAAGAUAAUACUUUUUUAAUAUAUAUAAUUAUAAAAUAAUAAAUGAAUUAAAAAUCAAAGAGAUAGAACUUUGGUUAUAAAAGAAUAAGAUUUAAAAUUUUAACUAUGGU